AGCAGCAACAUGUCGGUGUCUACCUUCCUCGGCUGCCGUGGAGGUGCGACGCGUCCUGCUCUCUUGCUCUUGACCACCAUCUCCGCCUACUAACCGCAACUCCUGUAUACUGACUCCAGCUGUGGCCAUGAUGGACAGCGAGACCGAGUCGGACACCGCUUCGGAGCGCUCUUUCGACCUGGUCGCCACUCAGGCACUCGCAGAGUCCUUCCACUGCUCCGGCAGCCCCGAUCUAGAAGCCCGGGUCGAGCACGAACGACGCGAUGGGGAGGAUAUCCAGCCAGGCUCAGAUGGCAAUCGCAUUGGUCUUGCGGAGAUCCUUGUCGCUAUUCAGACCAUCGUGAACGUCAAUCUCGACACCGUGGAGGAUGUAACACUGCGAGCGCAUAUAUUCCAACAUUUAAAGUUGACGUGCCCCCCUUACAGGACGCUUCCGCGCAUAGUGCAAUUGCUCGCGCGUCUUCCACGCUCGAAAAUGCACUUGAAGAUACGAGCGUGCCACAGAGCGACCUCGCUGCACUGUAUAGCCUCUCAUCUCUCCGUCUACUCUUCGCCCACCGCGCGGUGUUUCACCGAAUAGCCGCAAGCGCGCAGCCGUCCAACGCACCCCCGUCGAUGGUUGUAUGCUGGGUCGAUGUGCUGCUGGCCAAGCUCGCGCCGAUUAUUACAGGCGAACGCGCUCCUGCAAACUCGACAAGCAACUUCCUGCAGUCGCAGAGGUACUCGGACAGCCUCCGAGCAGCGGCACAACUGCCAGGUAGAUUUUCCUCGCGUCUUCCACGACUCGA